AUGCUCAGGGCAUACUGCGUGUGCCCCAGCAGCCUGAGUCACUGUAUCUUGAAAACCCCGUCAAUGACCCCUUUGUGCUUGUGGGUCCCAUGGCUCCUCUUCAACUGGCAGCCUUUGUGGCUGCCAGUCCAGGCGACUCAGCCUCUGGAGUGGGCCCAGGACCUGGUCCAGCUGACCUCCAGCCUCCCUUGGCUCUCUGAGCCCUGGUCUUCCCACUCCCCGAACUUCCCACCUGAAUCGCCUGACGCACUCACACCCCCGGCAGACCCCGGCGGCUUUGAUUACCUGGGGUCUUCUGCUCUCUCCCAGAUGCUGGCCUCGCCUCGAGAGUCCACAGUGAGUUUGCUUCCUUUUCUGGACAUGGAUUCAGCUCAAGGGGUGCCCCCAGAGCCAGAACAGCUUGCUGUUCCAAAGCAGUAUUUCAAUAGGCUGACUCGACAACAAAGGCUACCAGAGGCCAUUCCCGUGCUAGACGGGGAUCAGGUUCAGCCCCUGGCUCUGCCUCCUCGACUGGAAGGAAAGAUUCACCAGUCAUUGGAAGCAUUCAUUCUGCCUCUAGACAGUCAGGAUUCACAAGGAAACAAGUUGAUUGUUUCACCCCUGACCCCCAAGAAAGAUCUAGCUCGGCGUCGACGGCUUCCUAAGGUUGGUGUUGGAACUCCAGACAAAGCGGCCAAGCUUCAGGGUCAAAAUCAAGUGUUGCCGGCUGACUAUGGGGUCUAUCCUGGUGGUUUUCCUACGGAAUCCCAGGAGAACCCAGGGGAACCUGCACAGCCCUCUGAGCAGGCUGAACCAUCUCAAUUCCUGCUGGAGGGCCAGACUCAAAAUCCAGAGACUCAGGAGCCCAUCCAAUCCUCCUCCGCACAGCAAGAAGGACAAGCUCCGCCUCCACAGGCCGUUGAACCAGAUGAACCUUCUUCACCCCAGCAAGAGGGCCCAGGUGCAGACCUGCAGCAGCCCGAGGAAGAAGCAUCUCCGUUGCAGCAGGAGGCCCCCGCUCAGAAUCCAUUUGCUACUGCAGUAGUAGGUCAGGCAUCAGUGUAUCACAGUCUUAACACUCCAUCCUCACCUCAGAUUGUAGCUCGCCAAGCAAACUUCCCCAGCGUCACACUGAAACCUGCAGACACGGAGCUGACAGAAGCCUCAGGGGCAGGUGAGGAAGUUCAGUCUACUCCAAGCACGGAGCAGGCUCCAGCUCAGCCUCUGGGGCAUCCUGAGGGAGUGGGACUCCCCUCAGCCCAACAAGAGGCCCCAGAGCAGAUACCAGAAUUCCCUGGGAAGGUGGAAUCUUGGACUCAAGAGGGUCUAGCUCAGACCUCAGAUCUCCCUGAGGAGACUGGACCUUUCUCUACCCAAAACGAUGCCACAGCUCAGCCCUCAGAGUAUGCUGAGGAAGUCAGCCCAUCUGUAGCCCAGCAGGGGGCCCCAGCUCAGCCUUCCGGCCUGCCUGUGAACACUGAAUAUUCCUCCAGCAAUCAGGAGCAGCCUGCUCAGCCUUCUGAGUCUCCAGAGAUCGAACCUUCUAGAAGCCAACUGGAAGCCCCGGAGAAGCCUUCGGCACUCCCUGUGGAAGUCAAAUCUCCAGUACAGCAAGAUCCCCGAGCUCAAGCGCUAGAAUCUCCUAAAGAGACUAUCAUAGCUCAGACUCCACAGAUUCAGAAGGGGAUGGACUGGUCUCCAGAUCAGAAUCAAGUUCACCGUUAUAACCUGCCCAAUGUUACCAUCAAGCCUGCAGAUGUGGCGCUGACCAUAACUCCGGAGCCCACCAUGGAGCGGGACUCUUCUCCAGUGCAGCAGGAGGGCUCUGCUCAGACUCCGGGCCCUUCUGUGGAGACAGAACCCUAUAUUAGUGAUCAGGAGCAGCCCACUCAGUAUGUUGAGUCUUCUGUAGAGAACAAACCCUCUCCAGCCCAGCAGGAGACCCCAUAUCAAACUCUGGGCCCUUCCCUGGAGACAGAAGCUUCUCCAGCCCAGCAGGAACCCCCAGAGCCGACUCCGGUCCCUUCUGCAGAGACGGAACCUUCCCCAUUCCAGCAGGCACCCAGAGCUCACACUGCACGCCCUUCCGUGGAGGCAGAACCUUCUCCCCGUGAACAGGAGCAGAUAGCUCAGUAUGCGGAGGCUCUGGUGGAGACUCAGCCUCCUCCAGGCCCUCCCGUGGAGACAGAGCCUUCUCUCAGAGAACAGCAGCAGAUUGCUCAGUACGCGGAGGCCCUGGUGGAGACUCAAGCUCCUCCAGGCCAGCUGGAGGCCCUAGCUCUGACUCCAGUCCCUCCUAUGGAGACCGAACCUUAUAUCAGUGAGCAGGAGCAACCAAGGUGGCCCUCUGAGUCUUCUGAGGAGGUUGAAUCUUCUGGAAAGAAGACAGAAGUCCCAGCCCAGCCUCCAAGUCAUCACACAGUGACCAUUUUACCUCCUGGUCACCAUCAAGUUCAGCAGUACGACUUGCCCAAUGUGACUACUAAACCUCCAGACCUGCAGCUGACCCUAACACCAAAACCUGAAGCAGAAGUGGAAACAUUUCCAGUCAGCCAUGAGGUCACAACAACACAGGCCUCAGUCGCAGCUCUGCCUCCAACGCCUCUUGAAGAGGUCGAACCACUGCCAAUUCAAUCUCCAGAAGUUACGCAGGAUGAGAAACCCUCUACGACCCAGCAGGAGGAAACAGCUGAAAUUUUACAGACCCCCGUGGAGGCUGGACCUUCUCCAAUCCAUCAGGAAGCCCAAGCCCACGCCUCAGUGUUCCCUACGGAGCCUGAGCCUUUGAAAGACCAGGAGGCAGACACAGCUCAGCAGCCAAAGCCCCCGGAAGAGGAUGAGCACUCCCCACUUCCAGGGGUCCCAGCUCAGCCUGAAGAACUGAAGGAACCUUCACCAAGCCAGCAGGGGAUUUCCGUUCCACCUCUAGAGCGCCCCGUGAGUGCUUACCAAUUACCACUCCAACAGGGAAACACAAACCAGCCUUCAGAUAUCUUCCCAGAGAUGAGUGAUGCUAUCCCAAUGAAUAUGACAUUUUCACCUCAUAUUCCAGAAGAAAUACUCAGAACUCAGCAUUUAAGGAUGUCUAAAACCAAACCAAAACAUGUGGAUAUUGACCUUACCAGAACCCUAAAGCCCACUCCAGAGGUUUAUCCUUACCCCAGUCAGCAGGAAGGACCUGCCCAGCCUACAGUUCCCACCAAGCAAGUUGAAUUUUCUCCAACCCAGCUUGGGCCUCCUCUUGCCAAGCCUCCGGCACUGCCUGAAAAGAUGGAACUUUCUCGAGCUGAGCCUCUAGAGCCCCUCAAGGAGGCAAAACAAGAUCCAGUGCAAAAUAUAGCCCCAGCCGAGGCACAAGACUUCCCUAACACUCAAUCGUCUGCAACCCAGCAGGAGCUUCAAACUCAGCAACCAAACCUGACCAAAGUCACAGGUCAACCUUUGGAUGUGGAACUCACCAUAACUACACAACCUGGAAUGGAAGGCGGACUUUCUCCAAUCAUGCAGGAGGCCCCAGUUCAGCUUCCAGGGCCAUCUAAGGGGGGUAUAGCUCAACCCCCAGGAUAUCAGGGGAUGACAGUUCCAACACCAGCUCAGGAUCAAGCUCAGUUUCCAAAAUCACCCCGCAUCACAUUUCAACCUUUUGAUCUGGCACUUACAAUAACUCCACAGCCCAUUACAGAGGCUGAACUUGCCACAAAUGUGCAGGAGACUCCACCUAAAGAAUCUGUAGCUCAGCCACCAGUGCAUCAUGAGGGUCAAAAUCAACCUCCACUAUCACCCAGUGUCACAAAUCAACCUUUAGACCUGGCACUUACCAUUACUACAGAACCUACUACAGAGGCUGAGCAUCCUACAGACCUGAGCAAGACUACAGCUCCAUCUCCAAACCUGACUCCAGUCACAACUCAACAUCUGGACCUGGGACUCACCAUAACUCCAGAAACCAGCAGUAUGGUGACUGAACCCUCUACAGACAUGCAGGAGACCUCCAGUCAACCUCCCACGGAGGGUGUAACCCAAUCUCCAAUACAUCAAGAGGUGACAGUUCCAACACUGGGUCAUAAUCAAGCUCAAUAUCCAACAUUGCCUCACAUCACAGUUCAGCCUUUGGACACAGUGCUUACCAUAAAUGCAAAGCGUACCAGGAAGGCUGAACAUUCUACAGCCCUGAAGAAGACUAAAGUACCUCCCGUGCUCCAUGAGGAGGUACUUUCACAACCAGACCAGGUUCAGGCUCAGCAUCCAACCCUGACAGAAGUCACAGUUCAACCUUUUGAUGUAGAACUUACCCUAACUCCAGAAUCCGUUGUGGAGGGUGAACCACUCCCAACCAUGCAGGAGACUUCAGGGCAGCCUCCAGGGCCACAUAAUGAAGUGGUCUAUCAGCCUCCAGUUUAUUAUGAGAUGGUAGUUCCAAAACCAAGUCAAGAUCAAACUCCGCAUCCAAUGUCACCCAGUGGCACAGCUGAACCUUCGAAGUUAGAGUCAACCAUAACUCAGGUACCCACUACACAGGAUGAACAUUCUACAGCCUUCAAGUCUAUAUCUCCUCCUCCUUAUCCAAUGUACCCUGAGGUGACAUUUUCACCUCCAGUCCAGAUUCAGACUCAGUAUACAAACCUGCCUCAAGUCACAGUCAAGCCUCUGGACCUGGAAAUUACCCAAACUCCACAACGUACUACAGAGGCUACACCUUCUACUACCAUGCAAAUGACCCUAACUCAGUCUACAGAGCCACUAAAGGAGCUCGUAACUCAGUCCCCAGGGGACAAUGAGAUGACAGUUCCAACAGCAGGUCAGCAUCAAGCUCAGCACCCAACAUUAUCCAGUGUCAUAGCUCAGCCUUCCAAGAUGGAGCUAACCAUAACUCUGGUACCCACUGCAAAAGCUGACCAUUCUCCAUCCCUGAAGAAGACUACAGAUCUACAUCCAGGCCAGGUUCAGACUCAGCACUCAACCCUAACUGAAGUCACAGAUCAACCCCUGAAUGCGGCUGCCACCAUAAAUGUCUGUGAGCUCUGCACCUGCAAAGAUGAGACACUUUUGUGCACUGGCCUCAGCCCAGUGCAGAAGCUUCACAGAGUUCCUGUACCAGAGCCCAACAGCUACAACGGCACCUUCAGCAUAUUAAAUUUCCAAGGAAACUCGAUUUCUUUCAUUGAUGAAAAUGUAUGGAAAGCAUACCGCUGGCCUGAGACACUGUGAGUACACGCUCCCAAACAUGAAUACACAAAACUAACUGCAUUGUAAGAGCUUUCUUGUUCUACUAUUUUGAAGUCAGUAUGUCAGAAAAAGUAUUCCCCUCUCCAUGUCACAAUCAACAUCUGUUGAUUAUAAUUCUAUGGUUGUUUUAACAAGGCACAGAAUUUGAAAUAAGAAACUACUUCUAUUUAUUUGCAUUUUAUCAGUAAUACCAUUACAUUCUUAGUAGAUAAAAAGUGAUAGGGAUAGUGAAGACCUUCAUUAUGUCCUAACUCCCUACCUAUGAGGUAAUAAUUACUGCUCUGAGUUUGGCAUAUAUCCUUCCAAAAAAUUACCUACAAACAUAUUUACAUAGAGCAUAAUAGCUGUGUUGUGUGGUUUCUUUCUUUUUUUAACCUAAAUAGUAACAUCCUGCAACUUGGUUCUUUCACUUCAUGGUUUCUCCUGGAUUUCUUUCCCUCCUAGUACUCAGUCAGUUACCCUAUUCAUUUAACUCCUGCAUGAUAUUCUAUAGUAUGGAUGGCCAUUUCACAGUUUACUUAAUAAUCCCUCUAUUGAUGGAUUUUCAAUUAUGUCCACUUAUGUAUUGCGGCAAGGAAAAUCCUUGUGCACACUUGUGAACAUGGACAAGCAUUUUGCAAAAUAGAAGUCUAGAAAGAAAAUGGGGCAGCUAGCACUGUGACACAGCGGAAAAGCCUCCGCCGGCCAUGCCAGCAUCCCAUAUGGGCGCUGGUUUGAGUCCUGGCUGCUCCACUUCUGAUCCAGAUCUCUGAUAUGGCCUGGGAAAGCAGUGGAAGAUGGCCCAAGUGCUUGGGCCCCUGCACCCAUGUGGGAGACCUUGAAGAAGCUCCUGGCUCCUGGCUUCGGAUCAGCACAGCUCUGGCCAUUGUGGCCAACUGGGGAGUGAGCCAGUGGAUUGAAGACCCCUCUCUCUCUCUCUGCCUCUCUCUCUCUCUCUGCCUCUCCUUCUCUCUGUGUGUAACUUGACUUUCAAAUAAAUAAAUAAAUCUCAAAAAAAAGAAUGAAAAUGGAUGAAGACUACGGAAAUAGGAAAUUUUAAUUGCCCUCAGAAAAGCUGUGCACACUUACUUACACUCCAGCUAACAGAAUAUAAGAACAUUCAUUUCCCUUCAUCCUUUUUAAAAAGAUGUAUUUGUUUACUUGAACUAUGGGAGUGGGGGGAGGGGGAGAUAGAGCGAGAGCAAAUGAGAGAGUGAGAGAAAGACAGAAUCUUCCAUCCACUGCUUUAUUCCCCAAAUGCCCAAAACAGCCAUGGCUGGGCCAGGCCAAAGCUAAGAUCUAAUACUUGAUUCUGGGUCUCCCACAGGGAUGACGAGGAAUCAAGCACUUGGGCCAUCAUCUGCUGCCUCCUAGGUGCACUAGCAGGCAUCUGGCUCAGAAGCAGAGGGCCCAAGACUUUAACCAGGCUCUCCAAUAUGGAAUUUACGCUUCUCAAGUGACGGCUUAGCCUGCUAUGCCCCAACACUGACUCUUCCCUUCACCUUUUCACCUCGGGAUGCUCUUUGUCUUU